ACAUUACUACUUCCGUCCAAUCCCUUCAUCAAAAUCACGAUGCCUCCUUACAAACUAUUCCUAUUACUUACUAUUAUACACCUCCUUUCCACUGCCCCUAUUUUCAAUACUUCAACCACCCUUCCUUUUAUUCCUCCAAACCACUUGCAAGUCCCAAAUGAAGUAGGAGCUCUUUUAACAUGGAAGUCAAGCCUGGACUUCAGAAGCCAACCGCUACUCUCAUCAUGGGUUGGUGGUAGUGAUCACUGCAAUUGGACUGGUAUUGCUUGUGAUGGCAGCCGAAGUGUUACAAACCUAAACCUUACAAGUUAUGGGUUAAAAGCUUUGAAGAUUUCAAUGAACAGAAUUUCUGGAAAACUCCCACCAAAUCUUAGCAAUGCCUCUCAGAUUGGUAUUAUUGAUCUCUCAUCAAAUAAACUAAUUGGAAUGAUUCCUAAGGCUUUGGAAAACCUGACAUUGUUAACUAUCCUUAAGUUGGAUAACAACAGAUUUUCAGGCAACAUAUCACUAGAAAUUGGGAAAUUACCUCAACUUUUGAACUUCAGCAUAGCCGCAAAUAAUUUUGCUGGAUUGCUUCCGGAGGAGUACUUUGAAAGAGGCCAAGUGUUAAUAGACUUGAAUUUGAGUAAAAAUAUGUUUGUUGGGGAGAUUCCUUAUGGUAUGGGAAACAUGAAAUCGCUUGAAAGUCUUGAUCUAAGUCACAACAUGCUCUCUGGUCAGAUACCACUGCAAUUUGACAAGCUAACAAGUUUACAAAUAUUGAACUUAUCACACAACAAUUUGUCAGGAAAUAUCCCUUCUAGUCUUGGCGAAUCUUUGGGCUUAAUAUGUGUUGAUGUGUCAUACAAUCGGUUGGAAGGUCCCAUCCCAAACACAAAAGUAUUUCAGGAAACUCCAUAUGAUGCCUUGAGAAAUAAUAAAGGUCUUUGCGGGAAACAUUCUGGCUUCAACCCUUGCUCCGCAAACAAUCAAAGAGAUCAUCAUCAGAGAAGAAUUUUGCUCUUAAUCAUACUACUAACACUUGGAAGUUUGUCUAUGAUUAUUAGCAUUCUUGUCCUGUUAAUUCUUCGGUCAAGGAGCAAUAUUAGAGAAAAGCCAAGGGGAAUUACUAAAGAUGUGUUGACAAUAUUGAAUUUUGACGGAAAUAUGGCAUAUGAAAGCAUCAUCGAGGCAACUGGGAACUUUGAUUCAAUAUAUUGCAUUGGUGAAGGAGGGCAUGCAAGUGUUUAUAGGGCUGAGCUACCAAGUGGCCAAAUUGUUGCUAUAAAGAGGUUUAAUAAUGCAAUUGGGCAAGAAGACGAACCUUGCCAACUCAAAAGUUUUUCAAAUGAGGUUCGCACUUUGACAGAGGUUAGACAUCGAAAUAUUGUGAAACUGUAUGGUUUUUGUGCUAGUGAGAGAAAUACAUUCUUAAUUUAUGAGUACUUGGAAGGGGGAAGCCUAGCACACACAUUAAAUGAUGAGGAAAAGGCCAUGGAAUUCGGGUGGAUGAAGAGGAUAAAUGUGGUUAAAGCUGUGGCUAAAGCUUUAUCAUAUAUUCACCAUGAUUGUUUACCACCUAUUGUACAUCGGGAUAUAUCAGCUAAGAAUAUUUUGUUUGAUUGUGAAUAUGAAGCUCACGUGUCUGAUUUUGGAACAGCAAGAAUAUUGAGUCUUCAUUCAUCGAAUUGGACUUCAUUUGCAGGAACAUUUGGCUAUGCAGCUCCAGAGUUUGCUUAUACUAUGGAGGUCACGGAAAAAUGUGAUGUGUAUAGCUUCGGUGUGCUAGCACUAGAAGUGAUUAUGGGUAAACAUCCAGGUGACCUCAUUACGUCCAUUUUUUCAUCUCCAAUAUCAAGUGUCCACGAAACACUUUUCAAAGAUGUGUUGGAUCCUCGACUCUCUACUCCAACAAAGGCGGAAGCGGAAGAGUUGAUUUUGGUGGCGAAGAUAGCAGUGGCGUGUUUAAAUAUGAAUCCACAAUGUCGGCCAAGCAUGGAACAAGUUUCUGUGUUGCUAAGCAAAGAAAGGCAAUCCUCAAAUUCAUUUCCACAGAUCACAAUAAACCAAUUGUUUGGUGGUCUUGAGUUUCCUACUCCAAUCCUUAGAGGGUAAAUUUGGGUAGGUUGAAGUCUUAUUCAUGCCCGGUACAGUUGGCCGCAUGCAGUUACAACCCAAUUUCUUAUGAUGAUGACUUUGCAAACCAUCCAUCCGGUUGUGCAAAUUAAAAUGGCACACCGGCCAAUUAAGAGACUCUGCUGUCAUGCAUAUAUAUAUAUAUAUAUAUAUGCGGCCUUAGCUUACAGUCAUGCAGAUAUACUGGCAAUCAAACAAUGGCAGUCAAAAGAGAUGAAGUACAGACGCUAGCUUAGCUUAGCUUGCUGAUGGAUAUGAUGCACAGAAUUAUACAUGCAUGCAUGCAUCACCAAAUCACUUGGUUAAGUGGGGCAAGUUGAGAAAUUAUUGGCUAUAUAUGCGAGACAAAGGCUUCUUCAAGUUCUGCAUGCUCAACACAUUCAUAUAUAAAUCAAAGCAUGCCAUAGACGAAGACAAGGAAAUUAUUGUCUUUUGAAGAUUGGUUUAAUUUGUGUCACAAGCAAAGGAUUAUUUGGCAUUCUGGCAAUAUGGGAAGACCAUACCAUGCAUGAUUGAUGGAUGAAACCAAUAGAUGCAUCAUUACAUACAAUUUUGUGAGUUACCUAGGGACAGAAUGAGCAUUGGCAAUGCGGUCAAGGAGUUGCGUUCAAUCAAAGACAGCCUUGUGGAACUUGGAGACAUUAGGACCAUUCCUCGAGCAGGCUGUAUCAAGCAAGCUAGAAGUGGUGUUUGCAACUUCAACAAUCCAAUCAGCAGAUUAGAGACUGAGAUCAAGCAAGGGAGCAGUGUAUGGGGAUUCAAUCAUUCCUAUUGUGAUUGAUUGAGAAUGUAAUUUUAUUUUAUUUUGUUUGUAAUGUUGGUUAAUUUUGAUGUUUUGAAGAUUUUGCUCCUUUCCCUUUUGUAUUUAAUUAGUUUGAGAGUUCAUUGCAACUUCUUUU